UGGUGUCCACGUUGUAGAAGUUUACGAUGAUAAUGGAAUGGAGCUAUCGUUUCGCAGUCCUGCUAUCAACUUCCAGCAAGUUGAAACAGCUAUUGAAAUGGCCUUGAAUCCAUCUCGUGUCCUAUAUGACAUGGACAGUGACGAUGAGCAGUGGAUUUCAUCUUGUCAGGGUUCUACAAAUGUUCAUGAGAAUGGCUCCGGGCACAUGUCUGUGGAGAUAUUUGAGUGGACAAUGGACAUGUUCGAGAAGAAAGCUCAUGCUCUACAGCGUGACCAUUUCACAUCUGAAGAAAUAGACGACUUGAAGUUUGGCGCAGGACCAGUGGUAAGAGCUAUUUAUGAACAUUGGCGGCAGAAGAGGCAAAAGAAAGGAAUGCCAUUGAUUCGACAUCUUCAGCCACCAUCAUGGGAAAAGUACCAGCAGCAGUUGAGAGAGCGGGGGCUAGCUUUGAAUAAAGGGAACUCUGCUCCUUCUGAUGGGUGUCAGAAGACCUCAGCUGCUGAAAGACCUCCCAUGUUUGCUUUCUGUGUGAAACCUAGGGGUUUAGAGGUUCCUAAUAAAGGCUCAAAGCAAAGGUCUCAAAAACGAUUCUCAGUCACAGGGUAAAGCAAUGGUUAUCAUGGAGAUCACGACAGUUUCCAUGCUUUUGGGAGAAGAUUGAACGGACCUAGUUUUGGAGAUGAUAGGGCCCUCUAUUUGGGACAUAACUAUGGGCAUGUGGACAAUUCUCAAUUGGCACAAACAUCUCCAUUGGGAUAUUCACCACGAGAUGUCCCUGGGCAGGGAUAUUUCCCAGUCGGCAAUGAUGGAUUCAAUCGAAAUUAUCCUCCGAGACAACACAGAUAUAAGUCAAAGAAAUCUGGUGCCGUUGCAUCUCCUUGACCUUUACAGAUGGUCACUGCCUACGGUAGGGGAACCACAGGCAGUAAAAAGAAUACCCUUCACUGGAAUUCUCAUCAACAUUUUUCAUCUGAGGGCUCUCAUAGACCAUCUGGUGGGCAGUGGGACCAGGUGGAUAUGGAGGAAUAUAAAUUGUUGGAUGCAUCUGGUGCAGCGCGGUAUGCGUCUAAUUUAGCUAAGCUUAAGAGAGAGAGGGCGCAGAGACUUCUUUGCAAAGCAGAUGUAGCAGUUCACAGAGCUGUGGUUGCUCUCAUGACUGCCGAAGCGAUGAAAGCGCCUUCGGAGGAUAGGGAUGAUGGGUAGGUUUUAUGAAGAUUAUCAGUUAUUAUCAGCGAACAGAAUUGGUAUAGUUCUCAAUUUGACCCUGAAGAAUGUGCAGAUGGCAUGAAAAUGUUUCUCGGAAGCGGGAGCUGGUCCGAGAUUUGUUGAUGCUGGUGCGCCUUUCACCAGGCGGAGUUUUUGAAGGAAAAGUUUGCGGAGAGGGAAUUAAUAGAGAGAUAUUUGGUUGUCACAUUUAAGUGUCGAUAUUUUGGCAGUUUUCUAGUCCAUCCUUGCAAUACCUUAGUGAUUCCAGUAGUCUUUACACCAGCAGCAAGUGUAUGCCUCAUUAGUGCUGCUCGUCGUGUUUAUUUUGCAAGAGCAUUGUAUAGAAUCUUUUGCUUCCAUUCUCUGUACAGUCACCCCGCCCCCCUCUAUCAAAUAAGAAAGGAAAAAGGAAAUGAAGAGAGAUUGACCAAACUAAA